CAAAAUGUUUUUCGUUGUGUCAAUAUGUGUGAUCUUGGAUAUAGCAGUUGCCAGUCCUGUCUCAAAUGUAGAAAAUGUCCGUAUGGCCAGUCCAAGUCUUGUUAGAAGUGAAGAUGUUCCUACCAGUCAAUUCUACAAAGACCACAUUAUAUUCAAUGUACCGAUACCAGAACUGAUCGUCAAAACUCCGUCUUUUUACCCACCACAAAUAUCAAAUCAACCUAUGAACCAGGCAGUUAAUCAGAAUCCUAUAGAUAAUUUAAUCGAAAAGGAAACGAAAUAUUUAAAAAACCCACACCAAAAUUCAAGUGUGUUGAGUUCGCAAAAGCUAAGCUCGGAGAUAUAUCAGAAUGGAGGUAGAAACAUACAGACACCAAUUCAGAAGCUGCAGCAGUUAUAUCAAGAAUCUUCAACGUUACAAAAGCUUUUAUCAAAUCUGAAUUUGAUAAGAAAUAUUUUAGCUCCGAAACCACAGAAAAAACAAUUUAUAUUAGUAUACCCGAACGGAACAAUUGGAUACGAAGACGAUCUUAGUACAGUUUCAAAUAAAUAUCCUAAUCACAUUAUUUUAAAAUCGAGUGAAUUACGAACAUUGUCGAAUGCCGAGGAUGAAAUUCAAAAUGAGUCCGAUCAUCAACAGCCUCAAGAAAAUGUAAAAAAUAUUGUAUCCAGCUCUACAACACAAAGCAACAUUAAUGACAUCAUUGAUACAAACCAAUCUAAUUCCAAGUCAAUUGUGGUAAACAAUAGUACAGAAUCGAAAAAUAAUAUCGAAGAAACAAAUACAGAAGUCAUCGAUACAACGAUCAAUAAAACACAAUAUUAUAACUCUGUGAUUAUUCCUCAAAAUACUUUAAACGAUUCGGCUUCAAAGAUAUCGCAAUUGGAAAACUCAGAAAAUCUAGCGAACAACACAAACAAUGUUGCAACUACAAUACAUAACAUUUCUGAUUCAAAUCAAAAUGUGGGAGGAAAAGACACUUUAAAUAUUACCAAAGAUAUAAAUACGAUUAUCACAUUGGCAGAAGAUUCCGAAAAUAUUUCUAACGCUUAUAAUGUACAAAACUUACAGAACACAACAAUAAACAAAAUAGAUGAGGUAGCUGAUAAAGACACUACAAAUGAAAAUCAAAUAAGCAUUAAUUCUGAUACGAAACCCCUUAACAAUAUCACAUCAGAGAAUAGUUACAGCUCAAAAGACGUUACUAAUUCUAGUAAUGCAACCAAUAACAGACUCGAUGAUGGAAAAACGGCAACUACGGUCCCGCCAAAAUACAAUAUUACACAUGAUUCUAACGAUGCUAUAGGAAAUAUCGGGAGUAAUAAUCACAACUCAAGUUUAGUAAUAAAUAACACGAACACCCAAGAAGAUUUAACGAUUUAUACUCAUUCAGAAGACAUCGAAAAUGUAAAACACAAUAAUGAUAGUUUAGGAGGAAACGUAACAAGUGAUUGUCAAUGUUAUGAAGAGCAAAUAGAAAACGAUGAAGAUGGCAACGUUGAACUUGGUGCACCAGAUUCCGUUUCUUGGGUACAACUCGCUAAAGAAAGUGCACAAAAUAUACUAUUCGGUGAAGACAAUCCGAAUGUGUUUUUCAUAUUCUUCAAUCCGCCAGAAAUGGACGUAGAGAGAGAAACAAGAACUACGACGUAUCCAAACGGUACUGUUGUAGAGGAGUUUAUAGAAAUUAGAAAAGUCGAUGGUACAACGAUCAGGACAUCAACAACGAAGACUUUUAACAAUUCAUCAACAAUACCACUGACAACGAAUAGAUGAACUAAAACUCUAUUUAACUUUUACAAUUAU